AUGCUGCAGGCAGCAUUCCCUUUAGCGCUGCCUCCGCCGCCAUCCCACCAGAAUACAGCCAAGAGCAAGGACGAAGCCAGGCUCCAAGACAAAAUCGCAUCUCUCAGCAGGGAGUUGAAGAGACUGAAGAUAGAGGCAAAGAAGCGAAAGGGACAGAAAGAAUCUGAUAGGGAGGAAUCCUUUGCUGAAGAUGAAGACUCGGAUGAAGACUCGGACGAUGACUUGGAUGAAGACUUGGAUGAAGACUCGGAUGACGACUCGGAUGAUGACUCGGAUGACGGUGGUGACUCGGGCGAAAGCUCUGAGGAUGAAGGUGGAACGGACUCGGAUGAUUUAGCAGACUCAAAAGGAUCCAAGCUGAGUCAAGGAUUGUUGAACAGACUUCAGGAAUCGAGAAAGGGAAUCAGAAUCUGA